AUGCUGGGUUUUAUAAUUUCAACAGAAGGCAUAAAGACAGAUCCCGAUAGGAUUCGAGCGAUCCAAGAGUUUCCAGCACCUAAAAAGAUUAAACAAUUAAGGGCCUUUUUAGGUCUAUGCAAUUUUUAUAGAAGGUUUAUACCAAAUUACAGCGAGAGCAUAAUACCGCUCUGUGAAUUACUUAAAAAGGGACGAAAGUUCCAAUGGAGCGGUAAAGAACAGAAGGCAUUUGAUUUUAUAAAACAACAAUUUAUUAAUACAAUACAAUUGCAUCAUCCAGACCUUAAUAAGCCGUAUUAUUUACAAACAGAUUGUUCCGGUGUGGGUAUGGCCGGAGUACUAUAUCAGAUAGAUGAUAAUAAUGAAAUGAGAAUUUUAGGCUAUUAUAGUAAAGCCUUAACAGACCCCGAAUUAAAUUGGUCUGUUACUGAACAAGAGUUUUAUGCUGUAAUAAGCUGCCUAAAGAAAUUUGAAACAUAUUUGAGGGGCAGUAAAGUAAUAAUACUAACUGAUCAUAAAGCAUUAUUGUUUAUUAAUAAUAUGAAGUUAUUCAAUGGUAGAGUAACCCGAUGGAUUUUGUAUAUAGAACAAUUUAAUUAUGAAGUACAGCAUAUAUCGGGUGGACGUAAUAUUGUUGCAGAUGUGCUAUCACGUUAUCCUCCUGAUGGCGAUUUAAUACAAGAGGAUAAAAAUAAUAGUUUAGAAAUUGCUUACACAGAGAGCGAACCGAAUAUUGAGUUGAUAGAAAAAUUAAAAUCCUUAUCAGUAUAUCAAUUACAAGAUUCAGAGUCGUUGGCUAUUAUUGAAAAGUUAAAGACAUUAAAUACUUCCAUAAUAAAACAAAACAAUAAAUUUAAAAGGUAUAGUUUGAAAAAUGAUGUAUUAUAUUACAAAACGAAUUUACAAGAAGUAAUAUAUUUACCUAAAGCAUUGAGACAAGAUAUUAUAAAUCAAGUGCAUGUCGAAAUGGGUCAUCAAGGACCCUAUAAGGUAAUUAAAUAUGUGAGAGACAGAUUCUUUUGGAAAGGUUUAACAAAAGAUAUUAAAAACCAAUUAAGGGCUUGUCAUUUAUGUCAGUUAUCUAAGAAAAGCAAUAUAACAUAUGUGGGUCCCUGCAAAUCUAUAAUAACAGAAAACAUUGGCGAUAUAGUCAUGGCAGACUUAUAUGGACCAUUUGUAUCAGGUACCUUUGGGUACACUUUCAUAUUUGUCAUUCAAGAUUCAUUCAGUAAAUUUAUCAAAUUAUAUCCUUUAAAACAGUCAACAGCAAAGUCUGUUGUAACAAAAGUAAAGCAUUUUGUUGAGAUUAUAAAGCCCAAGGCAAUAAUGACAGAUAAUGGAAAACAGUUCGUAAGUAAUCACUGGAAACAAUCAAUGAGUGAAUUAAAUAUAAAGCCAAUAUAUACCACAGUUAGAAAUCCUAGACCAAAUACAACAGAGCGAGUAAAUAAAGAGUUGAGCAGAUUAUUUAGGACGCUUUGUCAUACUAACCACAAAGAUUGGGCGUUAAUAUUGCCGAAAUUAGAAGAAUUGUAUAAUAAUUCUUACCACAAUAGUACAGGCUUCACGCCUUGUGAGAUUCUUUAUUGUGAGUCUAAUGAGAUGUCUUUUGACAAAGUAAUUUCCAAAAGUAAAGACAAACAUAAUGUCGAACAAAUUAGACAACAAGUGCGUAAAAAUUUAAAAGAGGCAAGUAGAAUAAGAAACACAAAAUUUGAUAAGCGAAAUAGAUUAAUAAAAUAUAAUAUUGGUGACUUAGUAAAAAUUUCAAGAUCUAGUAGAUCAGACGCUGAUAAUAAAGUUAUGAGUAAGUUCAAUUUGGCAUAUGAAGGACCUUAUGUAAUAGCAGCCGUACCAUUUGACAAUGUAUAUACCUUAGCAAAUCCAGAGACAAACGAAAUUAGAGGAAUUUUCAAUGCUAUUCACUUAUUAAAAUAUUUUAAAUAA